AACGCCAGUUUGCUCCUGCAAGCUUUAGAGGCGCGGUUGUUGGUCGUGUCGGCCGGUUCGUGGUGUUUUUCCGCUACCCUUCGUUACGCGUUUUUCACGGUAUGUAAAACGAAGACAGUCGACGGGAACGUGUCGAAACGACGAAGAAUCCGUGCGUGCCGGGUGUGUUUAAUUUUUGUGCUUCUCUUCUUGUGCUGCGAUCGUCGCUGAUCGAAUUUUGAAGGGGACUGCGGCGAGGGAGCUCCGAUCUCUCGGAGAAGCAACCACGAUCACUCUCGGACGCGUGACACAGCGAAGGAACGCAAAGAUGUAGAGUCAUCGUUGCGCUCGAGAAGUGGACGCGCAUAAUUGAACGAUAGUUGAUCAGGAUAUCGUCGGGAUAACCUCGUACGUGGCUGUGUAUCGAGCGUCUCGUCGAUAAAGCCUCCUAUUUUGCUCGGAAACCUAUGUCUCGUGGAAGCGGGCGAUAGAGCUACGUGGGAAGCGAGCAUAGAGAACAAGAGACUAGGAAGAGGAGAAUGGGGAGACAGGCAGGAGGCUCGAGGAUCGCGUGGACCGAGGCUCGAUUGCCCUCGUGGCCGUGGAGAAGGAGGUUCUCGGGCCAGGUGGCCUGAGAUAUGCCAGCAGUAGCGAGCUCGGUGAUAACGGAAGCAGCGUCAUCGAGGCUAAGCGGCGAAACGGCGGGGGCGGGUGGUGGCGUCGGUGGCCGACGACAGCUGUCGAUAGAGAUCGAGACGAUCGAGCGCCGGGUCUGCGCGACCCGACGCGAUCUGUUCGUUCCUGUGACCGUCGAUCCGCGACCGUGUCGGGCCGUCCACUGUCCGGACCUGAACGCCUGCCUGGUGAACGAGUCGCGAUCCCUCGAGGAACAGGUCGACUGCCAAGCGAUCCAUUUCGGUUACGCCAUCCCCGUGAACGUGGUGCCCGUCGAGGGUAGCCCCGAUCUGGUGGAGCUGGUGCUGGACCACACGAGCGAGCUGAGCGCAGGAGCCGUGAGCUUUCUGCUCGAUCACCAUCCCCAGUUGCGCGAACGGCAACCGGAGGAGUUUCAAAAACGUUGGUCGAGAAUGGCCGCGACGGCGAAGCACGACCUACGUCGGAAGUUCCCGACGGACACGUCCACCUCUGGCGACGAGGACAUCGCCGCGAUCGCCAAGCAGAUCAGCGAUCACGCGGAGGCGAUCUAUCAGACCUGGAAGAGUCGAGGCUUGGCGCCCACGGAAAUAUUAAAUUGUCACAGCAACGCCACCGCCGCCGACAAGUUCGGCACCGCGUUGACGCCAUCCGCGAACACCAGCCCAAACGCCACGGGGAAGACGUCGCCGACGAGCGCCGCGUCCCCCACCGCGGUGGACAUCCUGGCGCAGACACCGAACCUGGACAACGGGAACCUGGAGAAGUUGGUGAACAACUUCGUGGUGGAGGACAAGGCCAGACUGGCCGCGUCCAGGCAGAGAUCACCGUCCAAGACGCUGCCGUCCUCCAUCCAGUUCGCGCUGCAGAAGUUCGAGAGGAACUCGACGCAGCAGCAGCUCCAGCAGCCGCAGACGUCCCCGUUAAAGAGCGGCGGGGUCGGGAGCCAGCCUAAGACGAAGCAGACGAACGUCCUGCUGUCUCCUACCUCGCCGUUCGCGAACAAACCCUCGCAGAUUGUCAAGCCUCAGGUCUCCGCAAAGACUCCUGGUGCUCAUCAUCGGGAGGUCUUUCUGGAGACCAUCGAGACCACGUUCCCUGCGGAUCUGGCGCCGCCGAAGACGGUCCAGCAGAAGAGGCCCGUCAGCACCGUGAUCACCUCACCGACGGCGUCGAGUCUGGACGACACGGCGAGCGCCAACUCUGGACUGACCACGUGGCCGUUGAAGAACAAACUGAACGAGAACAAGAGAUCAGGGGACGGGUCCGCGAGGUCGGUUCAGGAGGUUAAGUCGUUGGCGACGAAGGAGGAGAAGAGGAUCACCGGGUCCAACUCCAGCGUGUACCUCGACGAAGUGGCUCGCGAAGAGGAGAGAUUGAUAAACGCCCUGAAGACGGGCUCCGUGAUCACGGAGGAGCCUGUGGAGAGACCGGUGCCCGCUCUGAGUCGACAGAAGCCGGCGAUAAAGCGAGAGAAACCAAAGGUGGAGCCGGUGAAGCCGAUAAUCAUCGGUCACAAUCACCACGGUGCCGGUCUGGUCCCAGCCUCCGCGGCUAUGGUCAACAAUGUCGUCGUCGCUUCACCCGGGGCCAACGCUACCGUCGCGUCUGACGCUAAAUCGCUCAGCAAAGACGAUCUGUCGAACAUGUCGGUGGUGGAUUACGCGAAAGUGCGGUACAGAGCUGCUCAACAGAACCCGCCUACUCAGCAGAGACUCGAGGAACAGAAGACCAGCGGAACGACCGCGUUCAACUCCACGGAGCAGCUGGUCUCCACCACCAGGUCCAAGUUCGAGGAGAUAAGGAAGGAUAAGGAGACCGUCAAGGAGGAGAAGGAUCCAGUGACGUCCAGAUGGGGCCCCAGAAUCUACACCCCGAGACCCCGGAUCGAGCAGGUGCCUCAUCCAGAGCUGACCACGCAGCAAAAGCAGCACAUCAGAGCUGCCGCGGCGACUGGAACCGGAAACAAUCCCAUCAGACCCUUCCUGACCAGGGGAUCCGUCGCCGAGCGCGUUCUCAUCUUCGAGAAAUGCCCUAGCGAGCUCUUGCUUGACAAACGGGGACCAAGGCAACCGGCUAUCAACACUUGGAGGACCGGACACGAGGUUCAGAACAAGGCCCAGACGUACGCGAAAGACAAGACACAGCAAAAAAAUCUACCACCCCACACGACACUUCAAAGGCACGUGAAAGCCAACAGGAACGUUCACAUACCAAGAUUUUAUUUCCCCGGAGGAAAGCCGUUGCCGUUGUCGCAGCUGGAAGCAACCAUCGCCAGAAUCACCGCAGCUUUUCAGGCUCUGCCGGAUCAUCUUGCUUCCCGUGCCGAAUUUCACGCGAUCACCAAGGCAUGCGACCUACCCCUUUACUGGAAGGUGCCACUCUUUCUCGCGGCUGGAGGCGACCAGAUUGGAUACGUCGAGAUGAACGCCUUCCUUGACUUUUGGAGAGAGAUAUCGAACACCUACCACGACGCAGCGAGCAAGUUUAUCAGAAUCACAACCCGAGGCCUCAGGAACAAUAUACUCCCCGAGGAUUUAAUCCCACUGGUGCAAGACGUGGUCGAGACUCAUCCAGGUUUAACUUUCCUGAAAGAGGCUACUGAGUUCCAUUCACGCUACGUACACACGGUGAUCGCCAGGAUAUUUUACUGCGUGAACAGAAGCUGGAGCGGAAGGAUCUCCGUGGCCGAACUGAGAAGAAGCAACUUGUUGUCGGUGAUCGCGGUCCUCGAGCACGAGGAAGACAUCAAUCAGGUUACCGCGUACUUUAGCUACGAACACUUCUACGUGAUAUACUGCAAAUUCUGGGAGCUCGAUCGGGAUCACGAUCUCUUCAUCGAUAAGACGGACCUCACGAAGCACAACGAUCACGCCUUGUCGAAGCGUAUGAUCGCAAGAAUAUUCAGCGGCGCCGUGACAAGGGGCGGCAUGAAAAGUGGCAACGGCGUUCAACAACCCCAGGACAAGAUGAGCUACACGGAGUUUGUGUGGUUCUUGUUGAGCGAAGAGGACAAAAACCAUCCGACCGCGAUAGAAUACUGGUUCAGGUGCAUGGACCUCGACGGGGACGGUUACCUAUCCAUGUACGAACUGGAAUACUUUUACGAGGAACAGUUGCAUCGCAUGGAAGCGAUUGGACUGGAAACGUUGCCUUUCGAGGACUGCCUUUGUCAGAUGUUGGACAUGAUCAAGCCAUCUACGCCAGGAAAGAUAUCUCUGAGCGAUCUGAAGAAAUGCAAGAUGACUUCGAUCUUCUUCGACACCUUCUUUAACCUAGAGAAGUAUCUGGAUCAUGAGCAGAGAGAUCCGUUCGCGUCAGCCAGAGAGCACGAUCCCGAUGGCCACGAACUGUCUGAUUGGGACCGAUUCGCAGCCGAGGAGUACGAGAUGCUGGUCGCCGAAGAAAGUGGUAACGAACAAAACGAUCAGAUGUCGUACGAUUCCAUACCGGAGGACAUAUUUUCUCAAAAUCUGGACAUCUUGGACGGUGAAUCGGUAGACAUGCUGGAGAGUGCAGACAUCCAGUCUCAAGGAUACCCUGACGGUCUGUCGACGGUCAAUUCGGCGGAGUCCAUUCGUCAACAGUCCAAGAAUCAAUACUAUGACAGCGGUGACAGCGACGACUACGCUGAGAGCGAUAAUUAAUGGGUACUCUCGUUUGAAAACCCGAGGAUAGCUUCAAUGGAACAGUGGGAAGCUGAAUCGAACGAUGAUAGAACGUCGAUAGAAAAGAGUUUAAUACAGCGAUAGAGGGCUCAACGUCAUCGAGCGAUACACCAAAAAGUGGAGCGAGUUUCAUCUUUCUUGAGAUCAAGAGUUUAGACUUAAAAGUAUAGUUGUUCUUCGUACAAUAAAGUGUCGUGUAACAUUGUCUUCGCGAAUGACCGUGUCAAAGAUGGUGAAACAAUUCCUCCGUAUAUCUAUGAAUCAUUUCGCGUGGUCCUAUAGCCCGUGAAUGGGAUACGAAUCCGUUUGGUGAUCAUGACCGGAUCACCAUUAGGAAGUACAAAGGUAUCGUGGGCGUUCAAACGGCUUCGAGGACGUUUCUCUGGGACAAUUGGAUGUUCUCCAAGGACUUGAUGUUUCUAUGGAUAGGGUUCGUCAGCAGCAUUGUUCCGAGGAGAAGCGUUCAGUGAUCCCUUAAAAUAAAAGAAGAAGAUCCCGAAUCGAUCCGUAACUGCGAACAAUCGGUCGCGGAGAAUCAAGCCACUAGGUCGACUAUGUGAUAAGUGUCGUUGUUCAACCUAUAUACGAUCUAUACAUAUUGUGUACUUCACGUUGUAAAUAGACAGCAAAUCUCGGACCCUUAUUUUUACUUAACGUAAGAGCCACUUUAAAUGCGGGUCUUUCAAUUGCUGCAGCCAUUUCUAAGGGACUCCGGAUCGUAGAUCUGAGAAUCGCCUCUAAGAAAGAGGAUUGGAUGCUCUCGGUUCUCCAUCUUUCGUGUAUUCGCGCGUACCUUUUUCUAGCCCAAAGGUAGUUAUUUUUUAGAGAACAAAAAAUGAAGACAGAAUUCCUGCAAACACAGUCCAGUAUCUUGAUAGUGUGUGUAUGCGCGCGUGUGUGCGCGCGUGUGUGUGUGCGCACGCGAGAGAGAGAGAGAGAGAGAGAGAGAGAGAGAGAGAGAGAGAGAGAGAAUGCACAUGUUCGAGGCUGCAACAACUGAAAAUUGCGCGUGAGAAGUUAUGCAUCGUCAUCAUCAGGGAACCUCUUGCCCUCUAUAAUCGUCUUGUAAGCUAUAGUAUUACACCGCGGCCGUAUUGCACGCACGAAACUGUUCGAGGAUCGUAUCGAGUAAAACGUAUCCGUCUACGGGGUCAGAACGAGCUCAGUUGGCCGCUUGAGGUCACCAACAAAUGAUUACUGCUAUCCCUGCAAACAUAUACCACCUGUUGCUUUAAUUCAAGGUCUCCGCAUGCAAAGAUUAUUAGAUCACUGGUCGAGAGUGAUGAUAAUAUUAAUACCAUUAAGUUAGAAUAUUCUAUUAUCAGUCAUUUUUAGUUAAAAUGAUCUCAAGCGGUUGGUUGAUUUUGUCCAAACUAUAACGACCUCAUAGGCAACACUCGUAUAUCGACGUCCUCUUUUUCUGAUGUUGCAAACUAUGUAGUUGUAGAGGUUUCGCCGGCCGUUUCGUUUCGACGAGUUUGGACAUGGUUAACGAAACGAUAAACAAGCCAAAGAUAUGACACGUUCUGUUGUGUAAGCAGAGAAGGUAUAUAAGAGAAGCGUUCGGAGGAACUUCUAAGCGCUUGUUCUUUCGCAUUCGACCACGUUCUUUUAAUUCCAAACACGAGACUGAAAAGAAAUUCUCUUCGGUCUUCUUCUCCCUCGAAUCUCUUAUUGGAUAUCGAGAGAAUAAGGUUCUUCAUAAGUUACGUUGAAAUUUCUUUAGCGUGCUUUCCUUAAAAGAAUUAUACAUUUUGUUAGCACCGAUGGAGUUAAUUACUUAGAUAAAAUGAAAGAGACGUUGUUAAGAAAUUUGUUGAAAAUUAUUGAUAUUAUGAAAACACUCGUUUAUAAAUUGAUGUUACGUUUAGAUUCUUUUUUGUGACGAGAGGAGGGAAACGCCAUAAAGAAUAAUCGUUGUAUACGACGAUACGAAAAUGCGCUUCAAGAUUUUAUUGAGAACACGUGCCGCCUCGACGAAAAGGGCUGUUACACGCAGUUCGACUUAAUGACUAAUGACUUUAAUUAACGACAGAAGACCAAGUUGUACCCUGUUAUUUCAACAGUCUCUUGGCACUCCUUAAUUGUUACUGUUAUAAAUUGAUUGCUGGCGAGAUUUUAUUUCUGCGUGAAUAUCUAUGUCUUGUUAUUAUAAUUGAAUAAUAAUUCGCUCGAACGAUUAAACAAUAAUCAUUAUUUCUUAUUGCGAAAUGUACUUUAGAAAAAGUACCAGAGUACAAUAGCAUCAGUUGAUCUGUCUGGAGCCGCCAAGACUGCUGGAAUGUGUACAUAUUACUUUCUUCUCCAAGAGAUAUAAUUUUAAACUGCGUAUAUGAUAUUACUCUAGUCGAAAUGUGUGCUAUAAUUCACGUAACGAACGACCACGAGACGGCGAGUUUAUUUUAGAUCUGUUUCGUGUUGUUUGUUAGUUAACGAAGGUGAAUUGCGAGCAACGAGAUGGUGGGUGAGGAAAAUUCCUUGUCGUAAAGGAAUAUUUAAUUCUGGAACGUAAAUGUUGACAAUGUAAGGUUAAAAUAGGAAAUGUUUACAAAUGGUUCGAGUAGUCCAACUGAUGAAACGUUUUCAUAGAAAUCUGAAUAUUUCCCUGUUACAUACGUAUACUUGUGUAAAUUACUACUGACACAGGACUGCGCAGAAUUUUCAUUCAAAUUUUGUAUCUAGAUAUGAGAAUUUUGCCUUCCUCUUACAGCAUACAUAUCGAGUACGUAAAAGAAGAAUGGAAGAAGCACGUAAGCAUAUUGUGAAAACAGAUGUCGACGAAAAGGUGUUCCGGAAUCAAAUAUUUACUCUAAGACGGUGCUCAGGGCCGAUACUUGGAAGACACAUAGACACAUAGACAUUGUUCUUGUUACUGUUUGCAUACCUAUUCAGUUAAUUACGUGAGCUGUUGUUUUCUCAACCACUUUAAUAUCACUCAGCGAGGACUUGUGUUCGCCAAGUGUCGGUACCAACAAGGAAAACACGCGAUGCUCCUUUACGUUGACGAAUUAUUAUCCCUUCAAUUACCACAGAAAACAAUGAGAGAACUGACGAUCUUGCAAAAUGUGUAGAAUCGAAUUUGUGAGUUUCAUUGUAACGUUUCUACUGAGAAGGUUGACGAAUCUUUUAUUUGGUGGACUAAAACUGCGAACGAGAAUUAAGCACGAAGACUCGGAGAAAAAAUUUCUAAGAAAUACUUUGUUUCGUCCUUAAUUACAAUUUAUAAUGUCUAAGAAAAUUGAGAUAUAUUGGAAAACAAUCGUAGGUCUCCAAAUGAGAGACCGUUGACAGUUUAAGGUGGGUAUUUAAUUUCUCUACUGCAUUCUCCGCGGUUGUUGGGGAAUCACUUUUUCGCGAGUGAUCGCUUUUGUUGACUGUCCAAAGAUGUAAAACUAUUAACACUAUACAGUUGUAUCUUUUAUAUAGCUCGUUAUGAUUUUUUACUAUAUACAUAUGUAUAUGUAUAUAUAUGUGCAUAUCUCUUCGUAGUUUAUAUCAUGAAUACAUUGUAACUUGCUUGCGUUCGACUUUCCAUUGAACGAAGUUUUGAAACAUAUGGAAAAAGAGACGAGAAUAGGACACGUCUGGUUAUUUGUCCUUGCAUUUGGCCAUGUUUUCGAUUGUUAUAUAUUUAUUCAUUAUUCUAUGAUAGGUUUAUCAUUGUUCUAGCGAAUCUGUUUGCGUGACAUCUGAAUGCGAGCGUCGUGUCGUCACGAUUUCGUGUCUUUUCCUCCAAGGUGGAAUGAAUUAUUCUUUCAUGGGGGACAACUACUAACGAUGUCAAGAUAUCGAAUUCGUGGCUUGAAAUUUGCACACGCCUGCUUAGUCGGUCUUGGUUAAUAGACUCACGUUCACCAUUUACCUACAUUUUUAUUUAUAUAUUUUAUCUGUGCAUGAGUAGACGAAUAAGGUAAUUUUGCAAGUUAAUAAAAACGAAUGGUAAAAGA